CUUAGAAAAAUUAUUAUGAUAAUUUAUUCAUCACCACAACGCAGAGAAAAAUUUUUUCAAUAUAAUCCUAAUAAUCUUGAACUAAUUCUUGAUGUAAAAACAAGAUGGAACUCAACAUAUUAUAUGUUAAAAAGAGCACUUGAACUAAGAGAAAAUUUUGAACAAGCAACUAUUAAUAUUAGUGGUUGCAAAUAUUCAACUAUUGGAUUAGUUAUUCCAUAUUAUCAUGAUUUACUUGAUGCAUUAGAAAAAUUUAUUAACAAUUGUUCUGAUUUAAUUAUUAAAGAAGCAAUUAAAAAAGCCAGAACUAAAUUAAACAAAUAUUAUUCAGAUGCUAAUAAUUAUUAUGGAGAAAAUGGAUUUAACAACAAAGAUAUUGAAAUUUAUAGAAAUCAAAUUCAAGAAUUAUGGAAAUCUAAAUAUCAACCAACUCAAACUUCUGUUGACGAAAAUAUAUCAAAUGAAAAUGUACCACGUAUUUUUAAAAAACGAAAAACUAUAUAUAAUGAUGAAUUAGAAAUAUACUUAAGAAAUCCAACUGUAAAUCCAUAUUUUUUUGAUGAUAUAUUAUUAUGGUGGAAGAAUCAUGAAUGUGAAUUUAAAUAUUUAUCUAAAAUGGCAAAAGAUUAUUUAUCAGUUCAAGCUACAAGUGUUUCUGUAGAAAGAGCAUUUUCAGCUGCCAAAGAAUUAAUUACUUCUAGAAGAUGUAAUUUAAAUCCUACAACAAUUAGAGCAU